AUGUCGUCCAUGUCCGGCGGCAUCAGCUGCUUUUCCUCCGCCACCGCCCGCCACGCCAGCAGCUCCAGCUCGCGCGCGUUGCUCACCACAACGUUCCACAUGAAAAGCGCGCCGAACGCCUCGUCCGGCGCUAGCACGUGCCGGUGGCGCUGCAGAAAGGAUGGCCUCAGCGACUCAUUCAGCUCCUCGGCUCCCAGCGUCCACUCGGAGCCGCCGCGAAACGUCGUCAGCGACCGCCGCGCGUUGCGCUCCACCCAUGUUUCGUAUUCGGGCACUGUCUCUUCCAGCAGCUGGUCGAUGGUGUUGAGCUGGUGCGCCGGUUUGGGGGGUGGCGGCGUGUCGGGCGGGGAGAGCUCGCUGUCCAGGUCGGUGUCAGACGUGCCGGCGUCGUCGUGUGGGCGGUCGUCGUCGUCCGGGAUGUGGGGUAUGCCGCCCGGCGGAAGGAAGACGGCGGUGGGUGUUGUGCGGUGCAGCGGUAGAGGCAGACGUGGGCGCGGUCGUCGGAGCGGGAAGCGCGCGCCCGGGUACGUCGAGGGGGAGAGGGUGACGGGGCGCGUGCGAUGCAAAUUGCGCACCGGUAGGCCGCCCCCUGGGACGAAGGCGAGUGGCUGGUAG